AUGGACAAGGAAGCCAGAAAACCAUCUUCCAAGUCCGCGUCGUCCAAAGACAAACGGCCCAAGGACAAGGAGAAAGACAAGGCAAAGGACGACUCCAAGGUGCACAAGCUGUCGCUCAAGGGCAGCUCUAGGCUGGUUGCUGAAUUUUUCCAAUACUCGAUACACACAAUCCUAUUCCAACGAGGCGUCUACCCAGCCGAAGACUUUACAGCCGUCAAGAAAUAUGGCCUCAACAUGCUCGUCUCCGCCGAUGACCAAGUCAAAGCCUACAUCAAGAAAAUCAUGAGCCAGCUCGACAAGUGGAUGAUUGGCGGCAAAAUCUCCAAGCUCGUCAUCGUCAUCACCGACAAAGACACGGGCGAACACGUCGAGCGCUGGCAAUUCGAUCAACAGCAGCAACAACAACAAGAAAACGCCGCCUCCUCAACAAACCCCCUCUUCGCCGAAAAAGACAAGCCCGAAGCCGAAAUCCAGGCCGAAAUCGCCGCCAUCUUCCGCCAAAUCACCGCCUCCGUCACCUUCCUCCCCCAGCUCAGCGGCGACUGCACCUUCAACGUCCUCGUCUACGCAGACGCCGACAGCGACGUCCCCGUCGAGUGGGGCGACUCGGACGCGAAAGAAAUCGAGAACGGCGAGAGGGUCCAGCUCAGGGGCUUCAGCACCGCGAACCACCGCGUCGAUACGCUCGUUAGCUACAGGUUGGGAGACUGAAAAUGAAUUUUGAAUGAUGAAAACUAUAUAAUAAUAUGGAACUGAUAGAUGGAACGGGGGUUGGCCAGGUUGGGGUUACGGUUUACGAGGCUUUGUCCCUUGAUUUGACUGGCCGUGUGCAAACGAGACAAUGGGCUUUUUGGUACGGCGUUAGAACUGGAAUAAAUCGGUGCAUCAUGCAGCUUUUCACGAGAUUUCGUCGCAGGCUAGGGAGAUAUAUAUUGAUGAAUAUUCUCUUGUUGGUAUCGAUCUCUCUGCAGUAUUUCAUCUAUAUCGGAUGCAAAUGGGCAAACAAACCCCUUAUUCAUGACCCCUCAAACCAGCACCAAUGACCAGGCUCACACCUCCAAACAGUCUCCAAGCGUUGCCAUACGAACGAGGCAACGCAUCAAACGCCGUCUCUCCGAAUGCCCCGUCACCUAUAAAAAAACGUAUUGACCUCUUCUUCAAGUUCUCUUGAAAAAGUACACAUAUGCGAACUUGCGCAUUUCC